AUGUUAGAGAAUAAUACUAAAAAUUUAGGGACUUUACACUUUAAAUUUUCUCGUAAUUAUGAAUAUAUACAUAGUAUUACUGCGGAUGAUACAGGAGAUUACUUUGUCAUUUCAUGUACUAAUUCUUUAGUAAUUUUAAAACGGCAGGGUGAUGACUUUAUACCUAUUUCAAGUAUUAGAUCUCCACAUGAUGGAGCUACAAUAAGUUGUUCAUGGAGUCCAUUAUAUUCUACUAAGUAUGCAUUAUUUGCAACGUGUAGUGAUGAUAAGACUGUUGGAAUAUGGCUAUUAAAUAAAAAUAUAAACUUUAGUUCAAUUAAAAAAACGGAAUUGAUAGAUUAUCAAAAUAUACCCAAAGGUCCAUGUAUACUAACUGCAAGAUUAAGAGAUGCAAAAUUAUCAGUAACAAAGUGUUGUUUUGCAAUAAUGGAUGGAUUCAAUAAUGAUGAAGCAACUAGUAUAAAUUCAUUAUCUUCAUGUUUAUUAUUAUUUACUUGUAGUGAAGAUGGAUAUAUAAGAGUAUAUGUUGCUCAAGAUCCACCUACAUUCCUAUUAUGGACAAUAAAAGAUCAAUUUCCAUGUCAUAUAAAUAAUCCACGAGGUUGUUUAACAUUUAGUUUAAAACAAUAUAAACCCCCAAUAAUAAUAAAUAGUAAUGAAAGUAUAUAUACUUACAUAUUUAAUCAAAUAGUAGUAGGGGGUUUUGAUGGAACAUUUAAAAUAUUUGCACAAAUUAAGAUAUUAUGUGAUUCUAGUUCUAAUAAUCAAACUGGAACUGAAAUAACUGAAGAUAAAAAUAUGACACCUUUAUUAUCUCCACGAACAUCUUCACCUAAAAAGAUUGAAUGGAAAUUGAUAUAUGAAACAUGUAAUCAAUUAUCAACAAAUGAAUCUAUUUUAGAUGUAUCUUGGUGUCCAAAUUAUUGUAGAAAAUAUGAUAUUUUAGCAACUAGUCAUGAUAGUACUUCAUUACCCUGGAUUGGAAUAUGGAAAUGGGAAAUAAUUGAUGAAUUGAGUGGUAACUUAAUAUUAUUACAAAAAUUAUUUAUAGAUUCUUUAAAUUUCUCUAUUUGUCUUUCGUGGAAUACUAGUGGUACAGAAUUGAUUGCUUCUACAUACUGUGAGAUAAUUAGAUAUCUUCUAAUUAAUAAUAAAUACACAAGAUAUAAUCAUACAGAUGAUACAAAAUCUUCACAAAAGUCAUUAUUAACAACUAUUAGUAAUAAAAUGAAAUAUUCAAGUAAUUGUUUAUAUUUUGUGAGAUGUAUUACCCCAUUAUCAUAA